CUGAAACCGAGCCGAAAGUCGCUUACGAAUAGAUAUGUCGUCAUUUUGUAUUAAUUUAGUUGUGUUUUAAGUGUUAAGUUAAUCCGAAGUGAAUAUAAUGACCUGUUUUACAGUAAUCUUUUUUACGGCGGCAAUUUUACCCACACUUGGGUUUUUCCAUGAGCCGUCGACGAUAACCAAGACUUCACCCGGAUUAUUGAAACAAGAUGCCUAUUUUGGUUAUAGCAUGGCUUGUGACGAAAAAACACUUUUGAUAGGCGCUCCCGCAGCCGAUCAAUUUGGAAAGAUUUUUGAAUUCAAUCUGGAAAAGAAUAUGUCUGCUAAAAUUCUAUCCCCGCUGAUAACACCAGAAAUAGACGCCUGGCUUGGAGCGACAAUCAAAAGUUUUGGACCUAGGAGCUUCGUGGUAUGCGCACCACGGAACAGUAGACCUGGUAUUUCAACUCCUAAAACGACGAUAACAUGGGGCCGAUGUUACAUACUUUCGUUGCAAAAUGAAGCAAACUGGAAUAACUUGCCCAAUAUAGCAUUAACUGACCUUGCAUAUUUUAAUCUUGGCAACACCGCGUUUGGCUGGAGUGUAGACGUUGACGAUUAUCGUAACAUUUGGAUUGCGAGCCCUGUUAUAAAGCAUAAUUCAAUCAUUAUUUACGAAGAAAGUAAUAACUUUACCUCCGCGAGGUUUCUUGUAACCAACAGUCUCGAGAAUCCAGUCGAUUUUGUUAAUUUGGGAUACAGUAUAGUGAGCGGCAACUUCUUGUCAGAAACAGGAAGCGACCAUGCUGUCAGUUAUACAUACGGUGACGGUGGGCGUGGAAAGGUGUUUAUAUUCGAAAAGCGGGUAAAAAAGUUCGAAGUGUCCGGUGAUGAGGAUUCGGUUGGGUCGACGUAUGGUGCAGUCUUGUGCAAGGCUCAGCUGGGACACAAGCGCGCGUCUCUGUUGGUCGGCGCGCCAACAUAUGCAAUGGCGGGCGACGGUUAUGAUAGGGGAGCUGUCUAUCUGUAUGUGCCCAACGAUGAAGAGUCUAAGAUCAUCACUUUUAAGCGGGUCAUCAAAGGAGAGAAAGAUGCAGGCUACUUUGGCCAUGCCAUAGCAAGUCUAGGAGAUAUGGAUGGCGAUCUAAGAGACGAAGUGGCGAUCGGCGCGCCAUUCGAAGACGAAGGGAAAGGGGUGGUGUACAUUUACUCCGGCGCUGGUUUGUUGAGUGACCGCACUUGGGUACAGAGGAUAGAGAGAGCCGCCAAAUCCUUUGGUUUUAGUCUCCUACCGUUACCUGAUUACUCAGGCAAUGGAUUGAAUGGAUUGUCAGUGGGUGCACCGUUUGAGAAUAAGGUGUACAUCAUUACACCCAUUCCACCUAUCACCAUUAACGUGGAUGCAGUUUUGCCGAACUCGCAGGUCAGUCGGAAAAAUUUAAGUUAUGUUGACUUUACAAUAGUGGUUGACGUCAUAUAUCCUGCUGUGACGAAACCUAUUAUUGCAAUGCUCGAGGUCAAAUUACAAAUAGAACACCCAAACGCAACGCUGGAUCAUGGAAUAAGUGAUGGAACUAUAAUGUACAAUUUGAUUGUAAAUCAAACACUUAAAAGUGAAACACCAUUGAAAAUAUUGACACCACUCAAUGGAUAUUACGAUGUACCGGUAUCAUACAUUAUAUCCGUGAAAUUGCUGAACGAAUCUGAGAAGCAAGACAAACUGAGCCUAGUGCUCCUGAGUGAGAGAAGCAAUGUGACGAAGAGGGGUGUACUGUGGGUGUCUGAUUGUAAGGCGCAACACCACUGCAUGCCCAAUUUGAACGUGGAUCUUCAAACUGCUAUUAGCGACCCGUACACAGUGGGCUCGUCAGAUAAGGAGUAUUUCUCGCUUGUGGUACGCAAUACCGGCGAAACUGCAUACACCCCGUGUGCUGUGGUGAACGUGCAAGCGGUGCGCGUGCUGCGCCCCGCGCCCGGCUGCGAGCUCGACACUUCCCACCUCGUGUGCAGGCCGACGCACCCGCUGCAUCACAACGGCGAAUGGAAUAUUAACAACAUUGAGUUGGAAAUGGACUCCUUAACUAGCAAAAAGGAAAAUAUAAAUAGUAUUAAUAUCCUGUACGAUGUGUACAAUGAUUGCAACAAUAAAUCAGAUAAAAAAUCAUUCAAAAAGUCCUUUGCCUUGCGCUACGAUACUGGAAUACACCUAAUAGGGAUUUCUGUACCCAGUGAACCCGUGGAAAUCACCAGCAGUGACCUUAAAAACGUCACACGACUGCAACACCAUUACACGAUAAUGAAUAAUGGAGUAAUGAACUGGGCGGGCGUAACAUGUAAUAUCUUGUUACCAAAGAGAAACUAUCUGCAAUAUCCUAAUAAUGUUAUGAUGCGAAGAGAUUCCAGUAUGAUACCUUGCCCUUUUGCAGAAGAGAAACAAAGUAAAGACACUAUUACCGCAGCAUGCUUUAUCGGAGACAUCCAUAAGAAUAACAUCAUCGAAGUGUUGAUAGAUGUUGAAGUUGUACCUGAUUCGUUAGGAAAUGCUUUGCAACGGGAAAGUGUGACUAUACGUUCACAGCUGACACUAAAAUUAUUAAAAGAAGAUUUAAUAAGUAAAAAUAUAACAACGACAUUGGUGCUCAACAAAGUUUCCGUGCCUGUGUGGGUGAUUAUCUUAUCGGUGUUAUUUGCCUUCCUGAUACUUUUGUUGGUUGGAUUCAUUCUAUACAAGUAUAACUGCUUUGAGAGGAAAAACAAGAAAAAGUUGGAAGAUUUAAAAACAAAAAAAAGUAUCCGUAGACCCAACGAAAUUUCUGACGGAGGUGGUAACUACAAGACUCUAGAAGAAGACGACAAUACUGUCGACAUGGAGCCUAGCAUAGACCUUAGCGUAGCAGCCCGCGUAGACCAUAGCGUAUCACAUGGCGUAGCGCCCGCCGCCGUAGCAUCCAGCGUAGCGCCUUGCGUAGAUCCCACCGUAGAGCAUGGCGUAAAUCAGAGUAUAAAGGCAGAACUACACAAUAAAUAACUGACUGAAAAUUAUCAAUAUGGCUUAUUCACAUAGUGCAAGCAGAUUUGACAGUAGGGAGACGGUAGUUAAAACUAGCUUAACCCAGCCUAACUAUGGUAAAAAACCAGUACAUAAAAAGUACCUUUGGCUAUUUAUUAAAAUCAGUUACUGACAUACUCGCAUCUACCCGCACUGUGUGAAUUAUUAGCCUAUAAGUAAAUAUAACAAUUAUUGAAGAAAUAAAAAAGUGUUAGUUUUUAAAACUAUUAUUUUAUUUAUUUAUUAUAUACCCACUUCUAUUUAUAAAAAUGUAUUGCUUAAGAUAAUAUAGGUGUAUCUCCAUAUAUUAAUAUUAAAAAAAAAAAACUGAGUUAAUAGUGUUUUUAUUUGCAACGUCCCGUUUCAAUUAAGAAGAGUUAUUCGAAACAAAACUUGUAGUAAAUUGUAGUUAAAUUCGAAAAUUCUUAGAUGUUUUGCACAUUAAUUUCAUAAUUCUUUUAAAUUUCUGUUGGUUUUACGUAAAAAUGCUGCGCAGUCAAAGAGGGGUGAUUCAACCGUCACCCCUUCCUGCACCACGCAGCUAUGACCAACAACGGUAUACUACGCACUAGACGAGUCAUAUCGGACAAAAAAAUUGCGACUGUAACUCCUUU